CAUUGCUGACAUGCGUGAGAAGCGAUACGAGGACGAGGGCAUUGGCAGCAGUUACAUGUUCAGAGUGGACCACGACACCAUCAUCGAUGCCACCAAAUGCGGGAACUUCGCCAGGUUCAUCAAUCACAGCUGCAAUCCAAAUUGUUAUGCUAAAGUGAUCACUGUGGAGUCUCAAAAGAAGAUCGUUAUCUACUCCAAGCAGCACAUCAAUGUGAACGAGGAAAUUACCUACGACUACAAGUUUCCCAUUGAGGAUGUAAAAAUCCCGUGUCUCUGUGGCUCUGAGAACUGCAGGGGAACCCUGAACUGAACUCAAGGUUUCUUGUCACACUUGCACCUUCAGCCAUGUCAAAACUGUGGUAACCAGGUGUGGUUGCACUUUGCCAAAAAAAGAGGAAAAAAAAAACCUACAGAAAAAAGGAAGAAAAAAAAUUUAAAAGCAAAAAAAUACUUACCAAAAAAAAA